UUAGAAACGGGUCAGAGUCUGCUCAAAUUUCUACCUUGAGAAGAUAUUCACCUACCUGACAUUGAAGUUUUGGAUUCAACAAUUUCCGCUACCGUUUACUGUAAAUAAUUGGAAUCUCCAAUCUUUAAGAAACAGAUUAACAUCAGUCGAUGAAAAAGUAUUGCGGUUCGACAUAACUGGUUUAUAAAAUAAUUCAUUGGGGUUUUGGACAUAUUUGCUAUAUUUGGUAAAAAUCUACAUUUAAAUAGAAUUUUUCUGUAUAUUGUUUUGUUCUUUAGCUCAUUCCCACUAUAUUAUUUCGCAUUCUAAAAAAAGUUCAAAAAACUCCAACACAAGCGCUUUUAUUGAUGCGUUUCUAAUAAUUUCAAGAGUCAAAUAAACGCAUUUAAAAGCAUCUUUCAUUUCUUGGAAUAAAAUUUUGUAAUGGACCCGACCAGAGAGAGUAUCCUUACUAAGGGCGAUGAACCUUUGAAAGAGCAAGUGGAUUCGUCAGAACAGCCUUCUUCGCAAAUGCAAGCUCAAAAUUUAGAAGAAAAUGGUUCUGCAGAUGUUACUGCCAUUUCCAAUCCUGAAGUUAAUAAAGCAGAAUUGCCCCCAAGACAGGAAAAUCGACCUGAAACUGACGAAAGGGAACACGAACCCGCCUUACCUUGGAAUAACGAUGGCUCUGGAAAAGCUGAAGAAAACGAAGAAGAAGAAGAUGAUGAAGACGACGUUUAUUCUCCUCCGGAACCUGCUUCAGAACCAUCUACCCAAGAAGAACAUUAUGUGAAUGAAUCAAAGUUUCAUACGGAUGAGAAACCGGCCGAGUUAAAUAUUGAGCGUGGUAAUUAUCCAUCUUCAAAUGAUUCUCUUAACGAAGAUAAGAAAGUAUCCAUUCCAGAUCAACCCAUUUCUACAGACCCGUCUGUCCCUACUUCUGGUGUCGAUCCUAAAAUAAAGGAACCAGCACCAGAUAGAAUGUAUGAGCCAACUCCGAUGAACGCUACUAAUAGCAUACCGCCCCAGUUCUCAUCGGUACAUCCAUUAGCUUCCACUCCUAAUCUGGAUAGUAUAUUGAAAGGAAUCGAUGUUAACAAAGUGUUGGCUACUGUAAAUAACAAUAACAGACCAAGCAACGUUGCAUUUCAAAAUCUUAAUGUCCAGGAUAGGCAGUCAGAGAAUACUUCAUCGUCUUCUGUAAGUUUAAGCCAUUCUCCUAAUUUUAGUGAAAGUGUCACCAUACCUAAAAACUUUGUUCCUUUUUCGGAGUACGAUCCAGAAGAAGUCCCAAAAUCUCAGGAUGUUGAAUAUAAUGGCAAAUUCCCUGGUCCUCCGUAUUCUGAUACACACCCACCUGAACCAUGCUUACGGUUUCGCCCGGAAGAUGAAGAAACUUAUCAACUGUUUUUACAAGAAGAAGCAAAAAUUAUGUCUAAUUGGUUUCCUGGACAAUUUCCGUCAUCUUCUCGGCUUUUCCUAGGUCAUUUGCAAAAAGAGAACAACUUAUCCAAGCGAGAAGUUUGGAAAACGUUUCAAAACUAUGGAAGACUUGCUCAAGUUGUGCUAAAGCCGACCUAUGGUUUCGUUCAAUUCUUUACUGAUGAAGCAUGCGCCCGAGCUUUAAAUGAUAUGCAAGGAAAAUACAUACAAAAUCAGAGACUUUAUUUAGAAAUCUCCAAGCUACAAAAGAAAUAUCAAAACCAAGUUGAUUUUUCAAAAAAGGGUCCAACUAAGGGAUCGUCUGCUCCCAUUUAUGGCUCAGCCAAUCCUCCAACAUGGAAAAAACGAUCAAGAUCUCCAUCACUUUAUAGUGGCAAGCGACCGGAGAAAAAGCCUGCUUUAGAAGGAUUACCCAGAGUUCAAGUUGACUGUCAUAUAUUUGUCGUCGACGAUACUCCAAUUGAGUUUGUAUAUAGGGUAGAAAAUGCUUUUCGUGAAAGAUCUUUGAAUGUUGCACUGACAUUUUUAACUCCCAAACUAUCAUUACAAGCACUGGUACAUCAGUGUAUUGUAGAUGGAAUUCCAGCUAUCGCGUACGUUUCGUCUCGUGUGAGUCAAAAUGGUUGCGUUUCUGUUCAGACGUUUCAACGAACGGAAAAUCCGAGUGAAAUUCGAUAUGAUGAAUACGCAAAUGUCGGAAUCUACACAGCUGUGGAGUUGGUUCUACGCUCAAAAAGUGCAUGGCUUGUGAUGAACCCUUCAGGAUUUCCAACAACAACUCCAAUCAAUUCUUACCAAACACCAUCAAAUGAUCAAAUUUCUAAAAUCGUUAGCUAUUCCAACCCACAUCUUUCAUCGAUACUUGGGUCCCUUGAUUCUAACUCUCUUCAUCAGUUGUUGGACGUUAUUAAAACCAAGCCAUCUUCCCUUUCAAAACCCAAUUAUAAUCCGCAAAACAAAUAUUCACUUUAUGAAGCUUCAAAUAGUAAUCCAACAUUAAGUGUAAACGAGCAUGGACUCAAUAAUCUACCAGUUGCUGGUGCACCUUCCAACCACUAUCCUGAGCAAAACCAAAAACAGUUCGAGCAUAUAUUAGAACAAUUGACAGCUCUACAAAAUCCGUGAUCAAUAUAAAUUGAUUAUAAUUUUUCUGGUUUCCUUUGUGAUGAUCAGUUUCAUGAUGAUUUAUUAUACUCAUAUUACGUUGAAUAUUGGUUUUCUUUUCUUUUUUGAAUUUUAUUUAAAGAAAUAAAAAUAACAUUUUGAUUAAUUAAAUAUUACUGUUAUGUCAAGUGAUUAAUAGAUUUAUGUAUCUUUUGGUGAUCGACUGCGUGCUUUUCUUUUCUCCAGAG